AUGGCGACAGGAAACCCCAACAAGAUCACCGACUGGGUCAAUCCCAACGACAAGUCCGGCGAGUUCAAGCGUCAGCAGUCCGUCUUCCGGAACUGGAUCUCACGCGAGCCCGGUGCCCAAUUCCCUCCGGAGAAGGACCGCUAUCACCUCUAUGUGUCUUAUGCUUGUCCAUGGGCUCACCGGACCUUGAUUACGCGGAGCCUGAAGGGAUUGGAGGAUAUCAUUUCUUUCUCGUCGGUGCAUUGGCACCUCGGAGAAAAUGGCUGGCGCUUCGCCACUUCCGACGAGAAACUGCCCGGCAAGAACACCAUUCCCGAUCCCUUGCACCCGCAGUUCACUCAUCUGCGCGAGAUCUACUUCUCCAAUGACCCGGAGUACAAGGGUCGAUUCACGGUUCCGGUUCUGUAUGACAAGAAAAACAAGCUGAUCGUCAGCAACGAGAGCGCCGAGAUCAUCCGCAUGCUCUAUUAUGAAUUCGACGACCUCUUACCGGAGCAAUACAAAAAGGUCGAUCUGUUCCCCAAAGCACUGCGCAGCGAGAUCGACGCCACAAAUGAAUGGAUCUACAACGACGUCAACAACGGCGUGUAUAAAUCCGGCUUCGCAACCACGCAAGAGGCAUACGAGAAUGCGGUAACGACGCUCUUCUCCUCGCUCGACCGCAUCGAAACGCAUCUCGCCAAGAAACUCUCUUCCGGCGGCGCACCUUAUUAUUUCGGUGACAGCAUCACCGAAGCGGAUAUCCGCCUCUACACGACCAUCAUCCGCUUCGACCCGGUCUACGUGCAGCACUUCAAGUGCAACAUCCGUGAUAUCCGCUCUGGAUUCCCCGCCAUCCAUCGAUGGGUGCGCCAUCUCUACUGGGAGGUGCCUGCUUUCCAUGAGACGACGGAUUUCGAGCAUAUCAAGAAGCACUAUACCAAGUCCCACAAGCAGAUUAACCAGUUUAGUAUCACGCCCGUUGGACCGGUGCCGGAUAUUUUGCCCCAGGAUGAGGAGGUGCGGGCUGUUAAGGCGGGCUGA